CGUAAAACAUAAGAUGGAUUUAGAUAAAGCAGUUUCUAUGAUUCCGAUUUGCACGGGUAAAAAGGACGUAGCAGAAUUUAUAAAUACAUGUGAGAUAGCACUCAACGAUAUUGCAGAGAUAGAUAAACAACUAUUGUUAAAAAUUAUAACUUCUAAGUUAGCGGGAAAUGCUUUAGAGGUAACCAAGUAUCGUACGUUAGAUUCUUGGGAAGCAAUAAAAUCAAUUUUACAAGGGGCAUUUGAGCAUAAAAUUUCGGAAAGGGCUUUAUCAAUAGGUUUAAAUACGGCACGUAUGGCAGAAGGUGAAAGUGUAGCGAAAUUCGCGAAUAGAAUCGAAGAAUUAUAUUACAAAUUAUGUGCAGCUAGUACCGUAGGGUUGAACAAAGCUGAGGAAACUGUAGUGAAAAGCCAAACGAAAAAACAGGCUAUGAUUAUAUUUAUGACGGGUUUACCAAAUCACUUAUAUAUAGUACUGAAAGCAAGAAGUCCUAAGUCUUUAGAGGAGUGUAUACAAAUGGCUCUUGACGAAGAAAUCGAAUAUAAUUCUAGGAUGAGUAUAGAAAAUUUACAGAAUAAUGCGGAAAGUCAAAGUUUUAGUAAAAACGAAAAUCAGGGUGUAAAUGGGAAUACAAAACAACAGAAUAAUAAUGGUAAAAUUAAUACAUUUUACCGCGGUAAUAAUGGUCAUAUGAAUCAAAACGGUAGAAAUAAUAAUUUUAAUAAUCGAAAUGGUUAUAAUGACGGAUAUAAUAAAUUCAAUAAAAAUGUUAAUCGCGGAGGAUACAGUAAUUUUAAUAGUAAUAAUCGUAACGGAUACAGUAAUCGUACAGGAUACAGUAAUUCCAAUAAUCGCGGCGGAUAUAGUAACAAUUAUAGACAAAAUUAUAACGAAAAUAAUAAUCAGCGGAAUAAUUUUGGUAAUCAGAAUAGAAGUAACACUGGAUGUUACACGUGUGGGAAAACAAACCAUAUCGCAAGAGAGUGCUGGCAAACGAACGGUCGACCAGGCGGAAACGACCGAGCAAAUACACAUAACAACAGUCGUGAUAAUGGUGCGCGUAAUUCUGGAGGUGGUAAUAGUAGUAGAAACAAUACGGGUGUUCAGAAUUUGCAUUGUAGUUAUUGUAAUAAAAUAGGACAUGAAAUUUCGAAUUGUUUUACAAAACAGAAAAACGAGAAAAAUAAUUCAAAAAAUUCCAAAGGGCAAGUUCCAGUGGGCGUCAGGCUUGUCCAAGAGAUAAUGGAAUCGCCACAAAACGAUGUUUUCACAUCACAACUAAAUUAA